AUGACGCGGGAGAACAGUGUGGCUAGCACGCAGCGCGGCCGCAUUCCAUCGACAUUACCACCCCCUUAUACGUCAACUAGCAUACGCGCGGGAUCGUUGAGAGCGGAUUCCGAUUCCUUCUCCAGAACCGCCCAAAUCCUCGUCGGGCCCAAAUCCACGCCGUUCCAGAUCCACACGACGCUUCUAACAAGCCAGUCGCCCUACUUCCGCGCCUGUCUAGACGGAGCGUUCCUAGAAUCCGCACAGCAGUCCAUCACGCUCGCCGACGUCAGCGUCGACAUGUUCGAGCUGCUGGUAACGUGGCUGUACCAAGCGCAGCUGAUCCCCGCGCCUUUCAAGGACGGCAAGCCAGCGUACUACACGCUGCUAAACCUGUGGAUCCUCGCGGACCGCCUCUGCGUCGAGGCGCUCCGCAACUACGUAGUCGAUCUCAUGGCGGACCUGGCCGAUUCCACAAACUCGGUCCUGACGCCGAGCGAUACGCGGAUCCUGUACGAGCAGAUCAGGGAGGAUGCCAAGAUCAGGGAGCUGGUGCUGGAUCUGUUCGCGUUCAAGAAGACGGAUAAGCUGCUGGAUACGCACCAGGAUCGGUGGCAUGCGGGGUUUUUGAGGGAUCUCGUUGUCAGGCUCAAGAAGCCGUGCCUGCAGGCCAUGCAGAGACACCAGUUGGGCAUGUGGUGCCCGAGCGCGUGGCAUACCACGAGAGCGUGCGAGAACUGCCGUGUUAUUUUGCCUCCGAGAUACGGCGCCAUUGGCUGUGAUGUCUGCGCUUGUGCUUUCUGCUUGCCCUGCGUCGAGGAUGGUGUCGGUAUGGCAAGUUGGGAGGAUGGGAGGGCCCAGAUUCCUCCGCUUAGUGGCAGAAAGGUGGGGAGCGUCUUUGGGUCCAUUUCCUCUGCCUCAGAUGCCAUUGUGGGCGAGGAGCCAAUGUAUGUCGAGGGUGAUAAGAUUGCGAGGUUGAGGAGGAGAGCUGCAGGGAAGAAGUUGGAAAGUUGUAAACCUUGGAGAGGGAGCCGUUGUAGGGUCUAUCACGAGCAUAAAGAGACGGACUCUUGUGGCGAUGUUUUCAUGGGGAGAUGA